CCACUUGAUCAAAAACAUUACACACACAUGUAUACACAUACACACACUAAACACACACACAAAACAAUAUAUCAUCGCAUGUGACCGGAAAAAAUGCUCCGGCGAGUUAAAACCCAUCGAAAAAUCCUCACCAUUCUCACACUUGUCCUCUGUAUCUAUCCUGUAUCUAUAUACUCCAGACCCUUCGUCCUCGUCCUCUCUCAAGACGAUCUCAAAGACCCAUCUCCCUCCGAUCCACUCUCGCCUGAACCGGCCGAUUCCAACUCGGAAUGGGACGAGUUCGGGGACUCCGAUUCCAAAUCCGACGACGAGCUCGACCCGGGCACAUGGCGCCCCAUCUUCGAGCCCGAAUCCGACCCGACCCGUGACCCGAAUUGGGAGGAUGGUUACUACUCGGGGGUCCGGAGGAUGAUGGGGGCGGUGAGCAGGGGUGACGUCAGGAUGAUGGAAGAAGGGGUGGGGGAGAUAGAGGAGGCGGCGCGUGGGGGGCACGCGCAUGGGCAGUCAAUGAUGGGGUAUUUGUAUAACAUGGGGGUGUUGAGAGAGAGGAGUAAAGCAAAGGGGUUUAUGUAUCAUUAUUUUGCUGCUGAGGCUGGGAAUAUGCAGUCGAAAAUGGCGCUUGCUUAUACUUAUACUCGACAAGAUAUGCAUGACAAAGCGGUGAAAUUGUAUGCUGAAUUAGCAGAGGUAGCUGUAAAUAGUUUUUUGAUAUCAAAGGACUCGCCAGUGAUUGAGCCAGUCAGGAUCCACAAUGGGGCAGAGGAGAAUAAGGAGGCUCUUAGGAAGUCUAGAGGGGAAGAAGACGAGGACUUUCAGAUUUUGGAAUAUCAGGCACAGAAAGGGAAUGCAGGAGCCAUGUACAAGAUUGGAAUAUUUUACUACUUUGGACUUAGAGGUCUUAGACGCGAUCACUCCAAGGCAUUGUAUUGGUUUUUGAAGGCAGUGGAAAAGGAGGAGCCGAGGUCAAUGGAACUUCUUGGGGAGAUCUAUGCAAGAGGGGCUGGAGUUGAGCGAAACUACACAAAGGCACUUGAGUGGCUAACGCUUGCAUCAAAACAACAACUUUAUUCAGCUUAUAAUGGAAUGGGAUACUUGUAUGUUAAAGGUUAUGGAGUGGAGAAGAAGAACUUUACCAAAGCAAAAGAAUACUUUGAGAAAGCUGCUGACAAUGAUGAAGCCGGUGGGCAUUACAAUUUAGGGGUACUAUAUCUGAAAGGGAUUGGAGUUAAGAGAGAUGUGAAGGUAGCUUGCAAAUACUUCAUAAUUGCUGCUAAUGCAGGUCAACCAAAAGCAUUCUACCAGUUGGCUAAGAUGUUUCACACUGGGGUGGGGCUUAAGAAAAAUCUUCCUAUGGCAACUGCAUUGUACAAAUUAGUAGCAGAACGAGGACCUUGGAGUUCAUUAUCUAGAUGGUCCCUCGAAGCAUACCUGAAAGGUGAUGUUGGAAAAGCCUUCCUUUUGUACUCAAGGAUGGCAGAGUUGGGAUAUGAGGUGGCACAAAGUAAUGCUGCCUGGAUACUUGACAAGUAUGGGGAAAGAAGCAUGUGCAUGGGAGAAUCUGGAUUUUGUACAGAUGCAGAGAGGCAUCAGAUUGCCCACUCCUUGUGGUGGCAAGCUUCUGAGCAGGGUAAUGAACAUGCUGCACUGCUGAUUGGGGAUGCAUAUUACUAUGGUCGGGGAACAGAGCGAGAUUAUGAUCGUGCAGCAGAGGCUUAUAUGCAUGCCAAGUCCCAGUCGAAUGCCCAGGCUAUGUUUAAUCUGGGCUACAUGCAUGAACAUGGUCAAGGACUUCCUUUUGAUCUUCAUCUUGCCAAGCGGUACUAUGAUCAAGCAGUAGAAAUCGAUCCAUCAGCCAAGCUUCCUGUAACCCUUGCUCUUGGUAGCUUGUGGGUUAGAAAAAAUUGUGCUGACAGUUUCCUGGUUGAUUUCAUAGAUUCACUGCCUUACGUUUUUCCGAAAGUGCAAUUGUGGGUUGAAAAUGUGGUCCUGGAAGAAGGAAAUGCCACAAUCCUCACACUCUUUGUUUGUCUUUUGACUGUACUCUACCUUCGGGAACGACAAAGGAGGCAAGCAGUUGUCGUGGCUGGGGAGGCUGCCAAUCUACAUCAACCCAAUGACCCCGUUGCACCUAUAGGUUUGUGAGAUCCGGAUACUAACACUGCACCUUUCUUUGAGGUUCAUCAUAUACUUGUGUAGAAAUGAUGGUCACUUCUUGAUGUUGGUUCACCAGGAAGGAACUGCUUAAUUGUAAUGCAAAUGAAACUUGUAAAACACGUAGGUUUUAAAAGGUCAAGGGAUUGGCUUAUAUUUUCUUGUAGUUAGCAUAAAUUUUACAAGAAUUAUACUCAGUUUAGUCAUGAAAAAUGUGUAAACAUAUUGAAACUUCAUUAUCUUUGUUUAUUUAGACAGCAUAAUAUUCAAGGGACCAAGUGAAGAGGCAUGUUUUGAUUGUUCA